AUGAGGUCUAUCCCGAACUUAUGGCUUUCUUUGGUAUCCUUUUGCUUCAUAACCUUGAGCAUCAAUAUCCUUGUUGUGGCCAGCCAAAGCCUUAGCCAUCAAAAAUCUGCUUUGCUUUAUCUAAGAAACAGCCUAGAAUUCAACCCUUCCAAGUCCAAAAAAUUGGUUCAUUGGAACCACAGUCAUGAUUGCUGCAAAUGGAAUGGAGUAACAUGUGACAAGGGACAUGUUAUAGCUCUUGAUUUGAGUGAAGAAUCAAUCACUGGAGGGUUUGACAGUUCAAGUUCAAAUAGCCUCAUCAACUUGCAAUUUUUGCAAAAUUUGAACUUGGCUUAUAAUGAGUUUCAUUCUGUAAUUCCUUCAGAGUUGAACAGAUUGAAGAACUUGAGGUAUUUGAAUCUAUCAAAUGCUGGCUUUAAGGGUCAGAUUCCAAUUGAGAUAUCUCACCUAACAAAGCUAGUUUCUCUUGAUUUGUCUACCUCACUUCACACUCUAAUACUUGAGAAGCCAAGUAUAGCGAUGUUUCUGCAGAAUCUCACAGAAAUCAAAGAACUACAUCUUGAUGGCGUAAAGAUACCUGCUAAGGGGAAGGAGUGGGGCCAGGCAAUAUCUUCACUGAGAAAUCUUCAAAUUGUAAGUAUGUCAUCUUGUAAUCUCUCUGGACCAGUUGAUUCUUCACUUGAAAAGCUUCAGUCUCUUUUAGUGCUUGGACUAAAUAAUAAUAACAUGGAAAGCCCAGUGCCAGAGACCUUGGCGAGUUUGAUCAACUUAACCACCUUGCAACUCAGAAGUUGCAAUUUGCAUGGAGUGUUUCCAAAACAGAUCUUCCAAAUGCCAAACUUGCAGGUCCUUGAUAUGUCAGAUAAUCAGGAUCUCCAGGGUUCUUUACCAAAUUUCCAACAUCAUGGAUUUCUCCAUACCAUGAACCUUAGCCACACAAAUUUCUCAGGUCAACUACCAAGUUCUAUCCAAAAUUUGAGGAGGCUGUCUAUAUUAGAUUUAUCAAGCUCAAAAUUCCAUGGAAUACUUCCUUCCUCAAUCUCUCAACUAACUUCACUUGUUCAUCUAGACUUGUCGUUCAACUAUUUCACUGGCUCACUUCCAUCUUUCAAUAGGUCCAAAAACCUCACAUAUUUGUCCCUCUACAACAAUCACUUGGAGGGUGAAGUUCCAUCUUCUCAUUUCAAGGGCCUUGAAAAUCUUGUCACUGUUGAUUUAGGUGGUAAUUUUCUCAAUGGGAGAGUUCCAUCAUCUCUUCUUGCACAGCCAUCAUUGCAUGAACUAAUUCUCACUAACAACAAAUUUGAGGGGCUUCUGGAUGAAUUUCCCAAUGCUUCUUCCAGCCCAUUAGAGAUCCUUGAUGUCAUUGAGAAUAAUUUACAAGGGCCUAUACCUAUGUCUAUCUUUCAGCUCAGAACACUCGGUUUGCUGCAACUUUCCUCAAACAAGUUCAAUGGAACCAUACAUUUGGAUAUGAUGAGACGCAUGGAAAAUUUGGCUAUACUAGAUCUUUCUCACAACAAUUUGUCAUUUGAUGCAAGUUUGGUGGACCAUAAUCAGUCCGCAUUCCCCAAAUUAACCAAUGUCAUGUUGGCUUCUUGCAAGGUGAAGGAGUUUCCAAAAUUUCUCAUAAAUAUGUCCAAUUUAAUGUACCUUGACUUAUCCAACAACCAAAUUGAAGGAACCAUACCCAAUUGGAUUUGGAGGUUUGAUUUUAUGUUUUUUCUGAACCUUUCCAACAAUUUUCUGACAGAUUUGGAGGGACCUUUCCAAAAUAUUAGUUCCAAUUUGUUCCUUCUUGAUCUUCAUUCCAACCAACUCAAAGGUCCAGCUCCUAUUUUUCCUAAAAAAGUGAUCUAUUUGGACUACUCAAGCAAUAAAUUUAGUUCUAUUGCCCCACCAGACAUUGGUAAUCAACUCCCUUUCCUAUACUUUCUUUCCCUUUCGAACAAUAGUUUCCAAGGAAAAAUCCAUGAGUCCAUUUGUAAUGUUUCAAAUCUUCGAGUGAUUGAUCUUUCCGAUAACAAAUUUGAAGACACUAUUCCUGUAUGCUUGAUAAGAAAGAGCGGCACUCUUAGGAUGUUAAAUCUAGCUGGAAACCACCUUAAAGGCCCACUUUUUGAUGCAUUUUCAACUUCCUGUGCCCUUCAAUUCCUAGACCUCAAUGAAAAUUUCUUAAGUGGCACAGUCCCAGUGUCUUUGGCUAAUUGCCAGAAACUACAAGUCUUGAAUCUUGGAAGGAAUCAAUUCACUGAUAGAUUUCCAUGUUUCUUAGGGAACAUUCCAACUUUAAGGGUCAUAGUUCUAAGGUCAAACAGAUUGCAUGGGAGUCUUGAAUGUCCAAAUAGUAUCAAGAAGUGGGAGGCACUUCAAAUUGUUGAUUUUUCCUCUAAUGACUUAAGAGGUACUCUCCCUGUAGCACUCCUACGAAGUUGGAAAGCACUGAUGGUGCCUGAUGAAGAAAACAAUGGAUCGCAAUUUGGCCAAUUGCAUUUUAACAUCUUUGAUGAUAAUAAUCUUGUGGACUUCAUGAUUACACUAUCCACUGUGAAUAAGGAUCUUGCACUGAAGCUAACCAAACUUCUUACAUCAGAGCCACUUCUUUUUGUGCUCAGCCACUUGUUCUCUGAAGUUAGUGCUAAUGAUUUUGGUCAUCGAAGUUACCUGGAUUCAGUCACAAUUGUCAACAAAGGAAGACAAAUAAAGUUCACUAAGAUUCUUAUUGCCUUCACUUCUUUGGAUUUCUCAUCCAACCAUUUUGAAGGGCCAAUACCAGAAGAGCUUAUGAGUUUCAGAAAACUUCAUGCUCUUAACUUGUCACAGAAUGCUUUUUCAGGUCAUAUCCCUUCAUCUGUAGGGAAUCUGAAGUAUCUUGAGUCAUUAGACUUGUCUCUUAACUCUUUCAAUGGAAACAUACCAACAGAGCUUGCAAGUCUAUAUUUCCUCGAAUUUCUCAACCUCUCCUAUAAUCAUCUGAUUGGGCCAAUCCCAAUAGGUACUCAAAUUCAAUCAUUCGAAGGAGAUUCUUUCAAAGGUAAUGAAGGCUUAUGUGGACCUCCAUUGACACAUAAUUGCAAUUUGAAUGGGGCUUCAGGAUUGUCACCACCAUCAUACAAAUCAUCUGAAUCAUUAGAUUCUGGGAGCUCUAUUGAUUGGAAUUUCUUGAGUGCUGAAUUGGGAUUCACUUUUGGGUUUGGUAUUAUCAUCCUUCCCCUUAUGUUUUCUCAACGAUGGAGGUUGCAAUACUCAGAAUAUGCAGACUACAUGCUUUGGAAGAUCAUUCCUCAGCUUGAUUUUGUAUAUGAACAUCGUGGGGGAAAAACUUACAGAAGUUUAAGGUGGAAGCCUUUUUGA